AAACCAAACGCGUCUUUGCUUUUCUCAUCGAGAGGAUUCCCAGAUCUGCUCAUCAAUCGAUCUCUUCCGCUCGCAAUCUUCUCGAAUCCCGUUCCCCUAAUUCGCCGUAUAGCAUCUACGAGAAUCGUCAGAGAAGAAGGAGACGUUAACUCUUCUUCCUGGAGUUGACUUUUUUUUGGGGUUUUCAAUUUCACCGUCUUGAAUUCCCAGAUCUGGUUUGUUUUCAUCGAGAUUCUCUCUUGUUUGAUUGAUCUGAUUUUGAUUGCCAUCGCAUCCUAUUGUUCGUGAUUGGUAAUUUGGGAUUUUUUGUUCGUAUCGUGAUUUUUCGAAUUGGGUAUUGAUACGAUGGCGGCAGGAGGAGUAGAGAUCUCGAAAAGCUCUGUCAUUGUUGUUGAUCGAGUUCGUGAUUUUUAUUCUCGUCAGAGUGGUAGGGACGGUGAGAGGCGUCAGACCAAACGACCACCCAGUGAUGGCCGACGUGAUUCAUAUCAAAGAGGAGAGGCCCGAGGUGAGAAGAGGAGGAAGUGUUCUCCAGUUUCAGGGGAGAGGAAAGAUGAAGUCUUUCGACCUCCAGUUCGUGAGAAGAAGACCUUAACAACAUCCAAUCAGAUUGAUGAUGUGGGCUCUGCUAGGAAGAUAUCGUCUGAGGAUCAUGUAGGUGUUCUCAAGUCAACAGAAUACGUUUCUGCAGUUUCAGUGCCGCUUGUUAAACAUCCUUUUGAUGAUCUUGAGGAUGGGCAAUUGGAGGACGAGCUAGUGAUUCAGGCACCCAAUAUUGCUACGUCUAAGUGGUGUUUGGAAUCUCCAAAGGAUGAUGCUGUUCAUGUUGUCAGGAAUAGCAGAUGGAAUAGGAGCUGUCUGACUCCUGAGAGCGGAGAAUUUCAAGGGGAGGCGUCUGAUGAACGUAGGUCCAAUUCAUCUGGAUCUCGCAGCUUAGAACCCAUCAGUGCUCAUGAACAUUCAGAGCAUGAGUUGGAGAGUCGUAUUGAAGAAGAAUGUUCUCCUUCUGAUUUUAACGACUCGGAAAUUGAUGAGCCUGAGGGAGGCUUGAGCAUGCUAUCUGGUAGUAGAGAUGUUAACGAAUACCAGAAGCUAUGCAAGAUAAACGAAGGAACUUAUGGUGUUGUCUACAAAGCCAAGGAUAGAAAGACUGAGGAGAUUGUGGCACUUAAAAUGAUCAAGAUGAACAUGGAAGACGAAUAUGGAUUCCCAUUGACAUCUUUGAGGGAGAUUAACAUUCUCUUGUCUUGCAAUCACCCGUCCAUUGUGAACGUCAAGGAAGUGGUGGUGGGAAACGGUGACAGUGUUUUCAUGGUCAUGGAACACUUGGAACAUGACUUGAGGGGCGUAAUGGACAGGAUGAAACAGCCUUUUAGCACAAGUGAGGUCAAAUGCCUUAUGAUUCAGCUUUUGGAGGGUGUGAAGUAUCUUCAUAGCAACUGGAUCAUCCACAGGGAUCUGAAGCCAUCGAAUCUUCUACUGAACAACAACGGGGAGCUGAAAAUAUGUGAUUUUGGAAUGGCUCGGCAAUAUGGGAGUCCUAUCAAGCCCUACACGCAGCUGGUUGUCACACAGUGGUACAGGUCCCCGGAGCUUCUUCUAGGAACAAAGGAGUAUUCAACCGCAGUUGAUAUGUGGUCCAUCGGGUGCAUUAUGGGUGAGUUGCUGUCUCUUAAACCCCUUUUCCGAGGGAAAAGUCAGAAUGACAUUGACCAGCUUCAGCAGAUCUUUGCGGUUCUUGGAACACCCAGCGAGACAACCUGGCCUGGAUUCACGUCACUGCCAGUUUCCAAAGCCAAGUUUCGUAAGCAACCGUACAAUUUACUACGUAAGAAAUUUCCUGCUGCAUCUUUUACCGGAGGUCCAGUUCUUUCAGAAUUGGGAUUUGAUUUGUUGAACAGAUUAUUGAAUGUUGACCCUGAGCAGCGCCUUACAGUUGACGAGGCUCUUAACCAUGCCUGGUUCAGUGAAGUACCUCUCCAGAAAGCCAAGGAGUUGAUGCCUACAUUUCCUACAAAGCGUAACUGAGAGAUCUAAACAUUUUGUAUCUUUUCAUUGUUUACUCUUUAUCUUGUGAUGAUUCUUGACAUGGGUUUUCAAGAAAAGAGGAGAUUGGGAACUUGGUGAUGCUUUGGGGUGCGGGAAGCGUGGAUGAAGAAGUUGCAUGAAUGUGUAAAUAUGAAUGGUCCAUGAAACUGCAAGGUGUGUGGGUCUUCCUCUCUUAUUGUCUCUCUCUUUUCCUUUGUCUUUCAUUUAGUUCCCUGUGUACCAUACAGUAUUAAAUUUAAUUGAGAGAGAUGUUGACUUUUAAGUUUCUCUCUUGUUGUCUUCAUUUUCGUUUGUGUUAUCUUCUUCACGAGGUAAACUUCGGAAGGAGACUUUGCCAUCUGAUAUCUUCAAAUAUACCGAUCGAUGGUUUGGACAUGGUACUCCCGCGAGAGAUUGAGCUGAGAUUCAGAAUCAUAUCUUGACUAGACUCUAAAAGCCAAUUAUGAAUCAAAUGGUGUGGGUUGAGCAAAAGUUCGGAUAUUUCUCUACUGCUCACAAGCGAUGUUUUUUUAUAUCGCGUAUGUUAGCUCCGGAGUACACUCGACACAGCUGUUUUCUCAAUAUCCAUGGUGAUUAACUAUUACUGCCCUCCUUCUGUAUUCGUGUAGUCUGUCGACAAGGCCUUACUCUGACACACCACAACAAAUACGAUGGAUUAGAAGACUGUAACAUAUCUUGACCAAAGGCCAUCUGUAGUUUUGUUGAUUCUUCUAAUCACUUGUCAACAAAAUGAAAGUCCACCAAAUUCGUCUUAUCAGUAAAAAGCCCAUUCAAUUACAUUUUUAUUAUGUUUUUUUGUCAACAUUUUUAUUAUGUUUAAAAUGGUGAGCUGGGCAAAGAACUUAAUAUAACAACUAGAUUUUGACCCGCGCGCCCGCGCGGGUAUUUGUUUUACAAUAUCAAUAAGAACAUUCCAA